CGUAGGAGAACAUGUGGAAGACAUAGGAGAACAUGUGGAAGAUGUAGGAGAAGGAGGGGGAGAGAGAUAUAUGGCGGAGGAGAACAUGUGGAAGACGAGAAGGAGGAGGAGAGAUAUAUGGCGGAGAAGGAGGAAGAGGAGGAAGACGAAGGAGAAGCAAAGGAAGAGGACGAAGGAGAACAGGUGGAGGAGGAGAAGGAAGAGGGGGAGAGAGAUAUGGUGGAGAAGGAGGAGAAGGAGGAGGAGGAGGAAGAGGAGGAGGAGGAGGAGGAACAAGAGGAGGGUCGGGUUUGGGAGAGUAUCGGGAGAGAGUUGACAGGAGGAGGAGGAAGAAGAAGAGGAGGAGGUGGAGGAGGGGGAGGAUGAGUAGGAUGAAGAAGAGGAAGAAGAGGAGGAGGAUUAUGAGAAGGAACCUCGGACUAGCGAGCUGCCGCAAAACAAAAGGGCGCGACGUCG